UUUCCCCCCUCCCUCUUCCCUGCGCCCUCCCUGACCGCUCUUGCAUUGCUCGUUGCAGAACACGUUAGCGCAGCAGGCGAAGCGCGCCCUCUCGCGGAUGGAAUGCAGAAGAUACAAAGAGAAGAAGAAGGACGAGAAACAGAAGAUAAAGGUGAAACUCAAGAAGAGAAAGAAAAAAGUGAAGAUUCCAGCGGGCGAAGGCGUGGGUGAAGGGGAGGCCAGUAAAAGGGGUGAUGGAGAGGAGGACGAAGAGGAGGAAGAAGAGGAGGAGGAAGAGGAAGAGGAGGAGGAAGAGAGCCAUGAAAUAUCUGUUUUGUCGGAAGGACCUGAUGUCUGCGUGAUUUGCCUGGAGGAAUACAGGUCGCACCAGGAAUUACGGGUCCUGCCCUGCAAGCACGAGUUCCACCGGGCAUGCGUCGACCCGUGGCUGUUGCAGAACCGAACGUGCCCGCUUUGCAAUUACAACAUUAUUGAGGGCUGCUACGAGAGCCCGCCGGCCACCUGCGCGCCCGGCCCCGUCCUCGCCGCCGCCGCCCACCUGUACAGCACGCCCGCGCACUCGCAGUACGUGCUGGCGCCCUCCAGCCCCGCGCACGCCUGCGGUCACCCGGGCUGCACGAUGCACGGCGGCGGCGGCGCCCUGGGCGCCCUCGGGGGGACCAUCCACGGCUACGCGGGCCUGGGCUACACGCCCCUGCCGCCAGGCUACAUCAGCCCCCCGCCGGGCUACACGAGCCCCACCCUGGGCUACGCCAGCCCAGAGCCCAGCUACGCGGGCGUCGCCAGCGGCUACGCCAGCCCUGCGGCGGCGGCUGCGGCGGCGUCCGUGUCGGUGGCUGCAGGAGGGGAUACAACACACCCGCAAGUGGAUACAUUAGUCCCAGCCCUGGGUACGCCGUGCCGCGGGCGGCGGGCGGCUACUCGGUGGCGCAGCACGCGGGCGGCUACCUGACCUCGGUGGCCGGCUACCCGAGUGUGGUGGGCGGGUACGGGGCCGCGGGCGGCGGCGGCGGACUCGGAGUGAGUUCGAUAAGCGGGUAUGCGGCCGCCGCGUGCGGAUACGGGUCGGGAGGGGCGGGGGCGGGGUGCGGGUACGGGUGUGCGGGCGGCGGGUGCCACCACGAGGGCGGCGGCGUGAUGCUGCCCGAUGCCUGCCUCAUGUACCCGCCCGCGCCCACACACAACCCCAGGUGCACCCACGCCCACGCCCAGCUGCCACACGCCCAUUCGCAGCCGCCGGGGUCGAGCAGCGAGGAAACAGAACACCAAAUUGUGGUAAGUCGUCGCCAUAAUGCCGCCAUGUUUUCUCUGCGUACAAAGAGGGUUUGCUUAACAAGGACAAGAAAAGGUUCUUUAUGUCUGCCAUUUACCCAGAAUUAACGUUAAUGUGUUUUUCUUUUCGGGGACAAAAGAAAGAACUUAAAAUUCCUUCCGAGUCUCCAAGGUUUUAUUUUACUCAUUUGUGGAAGGUCAACUUGACUUGCCGGUUCCGCUUCGUCAUCAGUUGAAAUUUUGGCGGGAAGAUCAAAGGCGUGACGUCAUCAUCAGACGGGGAGAGAGAGACUCCGGGCCUUUAUUUUUAUUUUUUUGUGACAGUACUCCAUUUUUAUGAUUUUUCUCCUCUUAUUAUCAUUAUUUUAUUAACUUUACUGAUAUUAUUAUCAUCGUCGUCGUCGUCGUCAUAAUCAUUAUCACCAUUACAAUUGCUAUGAGAUUUUUUUUUUUAGUUUCUAGGCAUGUCUUCUUUUAGAGAAUAUUAGUAUGUGUAGGAAUGUGGUGUGCCAUUUAAGAUGUCUAAAUAUUCUGUCAAAAUAUUUUUCGUAAAUACUGUAUAUCCUUGUUUCUUAACAAGUCCUUUUAGUUUCUUCUUUUUCUUCUUAUUGCAAUUGUCAAAGAUAUGUAGAUAUUCACAAAAAUACCGGAAGCACAUCCAAAUACACAUACUCACACACGCAUAAGUAAAUGUGGUUAAAAAAAAUCAAAUCACAGUAAUACACACACCUGACGCGCGCCCGCACACACACACACACACACACACACACACACACACACACACCACA